AUGCCUGGUACAAGAUACAUGGCUAUCAUGCAUCCUUUGAAACCCAGAAUGUCUCGCAGUACGACGCUUAAUAUUUGCGUUUGGAUUUGGGUCUUCAGCAUUCUUCUUUCUUUCCCCAAUCUUUUGUAUUCUAUGACCGUUGUCGAGGAAUACCUCAACGGAGAGAAGCGUGUCGUCUGCUUUAUGAUAUGGCCUGAUGGUCCAUCGAAUGAAAGUUACCAAGAAUACGUAUACAAUGUAGUAAUUCUGGUCGUGACUUAUGUGCUACCUAUUACGUCGAUGACUUUCACAUACUUCAGAGUCGGAAGAGAAUUAUGGGGCAGUCAAAGCAUCGGUGAAUGUACACAGAAGCAAAUUGAGAGCGUCAACUCGAAGAGAAAA